AUGUUCAAGGUGGAGCGGCGCCUCCUACUUGCAGCAGAUGAGCAGCGCAGGCUUGGACUGCGCGUCAAAUGCUUUCUCCACCAAAUCAGCCUGGUGCGGAAGAUGGGGGUGCUUUGCUUCGACUCAUUUUGGCCAAGUUUGGUCAGAUUAUCACACCUCUUCGAGAGUUUUUCUUUCAAGAAAAAGUUCUCUUUGGCACUUGUCCAAGUGUUGAGUGCACCUGGAAUACCCGUGGCAGAUUUUCCGACUGAGAUGCCCGAGUGGCGCUGCAGAGCAGACUGGAUCCAGCGGUCCUUUGAUUGUCCGUCUAAGGCCGCGCGCCAGAAGCUGGUUGAUUUUCUUGAAUUUGCCAAUGGCGACUCCCGCUUGGACACAGUGACGCAUUAUUGUAGAAACUGCUGCGAAAGCAACGAGGAGAGUUUCCAAAAACUUUUACACUUGGCAAUCCCACUGUUUGCGCGGGGGUUUUCAGUGCCUCUUUUAUAUAGAUUCAAGCACUUCUCCCCAGCUGCCGGCUACAUGAAGUUUGGCUGUUGUGCCUUCAGACUGCUCCCUCGAAUUAUGGCCCAGAUGCAGCAAAACGCGGCCAACAGCACAGAAGCUGGAUCGGAGGUAGCCAGCUUGGUCCAAGACAUCUUGUGCCAGGAGAGAUCUACUGCAGACAAUCCAACUCCAGAAGAUGUCCAGCGCAUGGUAGAUACGUUGCUGGACAAUGAUUUGAGCUACAGCCUUCAGAACUCAGUCAGGCGCCGUCUUGUGGCAGAGCAGCUCUCAAAACCCAAUUUUCUGCAGGGAUCGAUAGUCAUUGAGAGCUUGAUCAAUGCAUUUGAGCCUGCAAUUAAUGCUCUCUUCAAGCGCACUGGCCAGCUCACCCGUUUGACAGGGCUUGGAAGCUCCCAUCCCGAGUAUGAGUCAUUGAAAGAGGAAUGUGCAGAGUCGUUCUUGUACAUUGUUUGUGGUGAUUUUGGGCAUGAUUGCAUCAGCCGGACUCUCCGUCUUCUUGAGAACGGGUUGUCUGAGAAUGUCCAUAUGGGCUUGCAGCCCUCUUCUGAAAGGUUGAAGUUGCUUUUUCAACUGGUUUGCGCUUGCUCCUCUGAUUUGUGGCGAAGAUUAGUGCAGGAGUGCAACAGAUAUCCUCUCAAGGUCUUCAGUUUCCUGAGGUUGAGGAAAAACCUUGCAGGGUUUGUCAAAGAAUGGGACGAGCUUCUGAAGACCAAACGCUUGUGCCCCACAUGCUUGGACACGGAAUUCUCACAGGCAUUGUUGGCUCCUUUUGGCCCAGAGCCGCUGGCUCAUCAAACGCUUCACACUCAGCUCGCCGUACAAGAAGAAGUGUGCCGGGUCUUGAAUCACAUUGCAAGCUACACGCCUGUCAACGCAGACACGGUUGAAAUCAAGCAUGGAAACAUGCAGUGGGCCGUCUCUAAAAGGGCAUCAAUGUAUGUAAAGAAGGCUCCAGCAGCGCGAGAGACUAGCGUUCUGCAGUCAGCCAUUCGAAAUCAUUGCAUUGCUCAAGACGAAGUACAGGCUCUCACAAUGCCAGCGCCCAGGGUUUCCGCAGCUAUACAGCGGCAAGUGGGUGUCAAGUCUACCAACCAGAAUUCCCAGCAGCUUCAUCAGAACACUGGGGCAGCGGAGCCUCAACGCAGACCAAUGGAAUCCAUCCAGCAAAAGCAGCUGCGACUUGAACGUGCAGAGAGUAGGAAUGUCAGAUCUCUUUCCGGCUGGAAUGUCUUUCAGCGGGAGCGCUUGGGUGGACAACAGUUUUCUAUGGCCGAAUACCAAAGCAAGGUAAGCUCCUUAUCAAAGGAGUGGCGCGGUUUGGGAAGCGAGCAGAAAGAGGAUUUCCAGGUUCAGGCAGUGCAUGAACAACAAGUACGCCACAGAGUUUCUGAAGCUGCCCUCAAGCCAAAGAAGCAACUGGAGCCUGACCGUCCCGAGCUACAAGUAACUCUUUCUUUGGAGGAGGAAGUGGGCAAAAAAGGUCUUUCAAAGAUUUCUGCCAAACGCCUAGCCAUCAACAAAGAGCUGUACCAUUCCCACCCUCUUUGGUCCAGCCCUUCGCAAAUGGGAGACGGUGAUGGAGCCCUCAAAGCCAAGGACAUUGAUGUCUCUUCAUCAGACUCAGCAGUCCACACUUUCCUGCACGAGACCCUUCACAAACAGUCGUGCCCGGAGGAUGUUGCAAAACAUUUGCAUGCAGCGCAGGAACUGGAGGCCAAUGAUGAAACCUGCCUGCCUGGCAUGUGCCGAAGCAGUGGAGUUUUUCACAAUGCCAUGAAACUGGUGCGAGCCUUUGCAAAGAACUUGGAUUCACACAGCAUCAAGGCUGGAGCCUUGAUGCACAUCAGCAGCGAUUUGUGCUCGUCAACAGUGGCUGCAUUUUUAGGUGUCACUGUGAAGAAGCCGUGCCUGCAAACCUUGAUCAUCGCCAGUGUAGAGGAUACUAGAGCAUCCUUCCAAUUGGAUGAUGCAAGCAGGCUUCAAGUUCGUACUUCGUGUGAGAUUUUCAGCCAGAUGCUUACAGAAGCUUCCAAAAGCAGAGUUGCAUCGCAGGCGAAGGUGUUUGAGCUGACAUUCGAGAUUUGGCGGUGCGAGCCUUUCGUCGACCAAGCUGAUUGUUUGCAGGUUCGCACUGAACUUGGUGGCUCUGGCUCUGACGCUGAUGACUCAGCUAGUUCAGAUUCAGAGGAUUCGGAGCCAAGUGAUUUAGAUGCCAAUGCCGAUGCCCAGAAUAUAGAUGAGACGGAGCCAGUUGAACCAGUUUCUGAGACCAUGCUUGCUGAAGUCCUGGCUGCCAAUGCAGUUGUGGAUGAUAUAGCUUCAGCUUCCAGUUCCAGAGCGCAAGUCGAAAGCAUUGUUUCCACAAUGUCGGCGCAAGGUUCCUUCUUCAGCCGGGAACUGGGCCUUGGCGCUGAAAAUGGCCUGGCAGCCAGUGGCAGAUCGAAGUGUCAUGUUUGCCAUGCUUUGAUAGCGAAGGGUGAUGUGAGGUUUCAAUGGUGGUGGAAUACCAAAAAGCCAAACGCAUGGCUGCACCCUUACUGCGUGAUAAGCGCAGCUGACAACUACAACUUGAGAUCCAGUACUGUUUCAAAGCUGGAGAUUGUAGCCAGGGAUGCUGAGGUUAACUUGGUGCGGGUUGCGGUGAGCAACAUUCUGGAAAGAUUGUCGAUGUGA